AUGGCAUAUUGGAAAGGUCUUCGACGACAUGUUCUUCGGCGGAUAAUUGUCCAGUCGCUGCACAGGUUCUUCGCCAUAACAUACCCAAGGCUUGGGCCGGGAUUUGCAGAAAUUGUGUUAUAUACGCGAGACUCGAGAGUAAAUGGCGAAAGUCGGAAAGGUGGAUUGCAAGGCUACAUGGCAACCCUACUUCACGAAAUGGCUCAUGCCUAUAUUAUUAUCUAUCAGUGUCCGCCAUGCUUGAACAAAGAUAUUGAGUCAGAUCCGGUGAACCCUGGGCACGGGUGGCCCUGGUCGGAGAUCGUCGAAUACAUUGAGAAGGCAUGUCUAGAUCAAACAGUUGGAUUGAAGCUGUUUCUGAAAACAGGCAACCGAUAA